AGUUUGCUGCCGUAAAUCAGGAGUACUGUCGUAAACAACAUACGCGUCGCUAACUGGGCUAGCUAGGCGACGUUAACAGGCUAGCUGUUUUCUCGUCCACUUUGAUCCUAUUUUUGGACUAAUACAAUGCAAUGUGAUCCAAACCCUAAGAUAUCAAUCUGCCAUUAAACCACUAUAAUUGGCCGCGGGUGUGAUUUCCUACGCUGACACUGAUCGGACGUAACGUUACCUCAGCCAGCGCUGAUAUUUAAUUUCUGUGGACACCAUUUUAGGACUGUCAUCCUUUCUCUGUGGCUCCCUGCGCUUGGCGUGACUAUUGUUAUUAUAACUGGACGUGAUCAUUGUUAUUAUAGCCGGACGUGAUCAUUGUUAUAUUAUAUGUGUGGCGGAUGGAUCCCAAGUAGAGGACCCUGGUGAAGACACCGUCCGGCUGCCAUCCAAAUACAAUGGACACAGCGGAGGAAGCGGACAUCUGUCGUGUGUGCCGGUCUGAAGGGACGCAGGACAAGCCCCUGUACCAUCCGUGUGUCUGCACCGGCAGUAUUAAGUUCAUACACCAGGAAUGCUUGGUCCAGUGGCUCAAGCACAGCCGCAAGGAGUAUUGUGAAUUAUGCAAGCACAGAUUUGCAUUCACCCCAAUCUACUCCCCGGACAUGCCCUCCCGGCUGCCCGUCCAGGACAUCUGCGCCGGUCUGCUGUCCAGCGUGGGCACGGCCAUCCGCUACUGGUUCCACUACACCCUGGUGGCCUUCGCCUGGCUGGGGGUGGUCCCGCUGACCGCAUGCCGCAUCUACAAGUGUCUGUUUACCGGCUCUGUGAGCUCCCUCCUGACGCUGCCACUUGACAUGCUCUCCACGGAGAACCUGCUGGCUGACUGUCUGCAGGGCUGCUUCGUGGUCACCUGCACCCUGUGUGCGUUCAUCAGCCUGGUCUGGCUUCGGGAGCAGAUCGUCCACGGUGGCGCCCCCCACUGGCUGGAGCAGCACCAGGCACAGCAGGCCAACGCAGCGGGGGCAAACAAUGAGGCCCCGGCCGCGGGCCAGGGAGCAGCGGCGGACCCCCCGCCGGCCCCGCCCCCGCCCGCGGACCCCCCCGCCCGCAACGACGCCCAACCCCCGCCCCCGGACGGCCCCCCCGACCAGAACCCCGAGCUGGAGGAGGAGGAGGGGGGGGCGGCGGAGGACCCCGACGCCAACAACGCCGCGCAAGACGACAUGAACUGGAACGCUCUGGAGUGGGACCGGGCCGCCGAGGAACUCACCUGGGAGCGGAUGCUGGGGCUGGAUGGAUCGCUGGUGUUCCUGGAGCAUGUGUUCUGGGUGGUGUCCCUGAAUACCCUCUUCAUCCUGGUCUUCGCCUUCUGUCCCUACCACAUCGGCCACUUCUCCGUCGUGGGGCUCGGGUUCGAGGACUACGUGCAGGCGUCCCACUUUGAGGGCCUGAUCACGACCAUAGUGGGCUACAUCCUGCUGGCCAUGAGCCUGAUCCUCUGUCACGGUCUCGCGGCGCUGGUCCGGUUCCAGCGCUCCAGACGCCUGCUGGGGGUCUGCUACAUCGUCGUCAAGGUCUCUCUCCUGGUGGUGGUGGAGAUAGGAGUGUUCCCCCUCAUCUGCGGCUGGUGGCUCGACAUCUGCUCUUUAGAGAUGUUUGACGCCUCGCUGAAGGACCGAGAGCUGAGCUUCAAGUCGGCCCCGGGCACCACCAUGUUCCUCCACUGGCUGGUGGGCAUGGUGUACGUCUUCUACUUCGCCUCCUUCAUCCUGCUGCUGAGAGAGGUUCUGCGUCCCGGGGUGCUGUGGUUCCUGAGGAACCUCAACGACCCGGACUUCAACCCGGUCCAGGAGAUGAUCCACCUGCCCAUCUACCGCCACCUGCGCCGCUUCAUCCUGUCCGUGGUGGUGUUCGGCUCCAUCGUGCUGCUCAUGCUCUGGCUGCCCGUCCGCCUCAUCAAGCUGCUGCUGCCCCUCUUCCUGCCCUACAACGUCAUGCUCUACAGUGAUGCCCCAGUCAGUGAGCUGUCCCUGGAGCUGCUGCUCCUCCAGGUGGUUCUGCCCGCCCUGUUGGAGCAGGGCCACACCCGCCAGUGGCUGAAGGGGCUGGUCCGCGCCUGGACCGUCAGCGCAGGCUACCUGCUCGACCUGCACUCCUACCUCCUGGGGGAGCAGGAGGACACGGAGGGCAACCAGCCCGUCAACAACAACAACAACAACCCCCCCGCCGGUCACCAUAACAACAACAACAACCCGCUGCCGGCGGUGGGGGAGGGGCUGCACGCGGCCCACCAGGCCAUCCUCCAGCAGGGGGGGCCGGUGGGGUUCCAGCCGUACCACCGGCCCAUGCGCUUCCCGGUCAGGAUCGUCUUGCUGAUCGCCUUCAUGUGCGUCACCCUUCUGGGGGCCAGUCUGGUGUGCCUGAUCCUCCCAGUCUUCACGGGCCGCUGGCUGAUGUCCUUCUGGACGGGCAGCUCUAAGAUCCACGAGCUGUACACGGCGGCGUGCGGCCUGUACGUGUGCUGGCUCUCCAUCCGCGGCAUCACGGUGCUGCUGGCCUGGAUGCCCCAGGGUCGCACCGUCAUCAUGCUCAAGGUCCAGGAGUGGACCUUCAUGAUCCUGAAGACUCUGGUGGUGGCCAUCCUGGUUGCCGGGGUGGUUCCCCUGUUGCUAGGGCUACUGUUUGAGCUGGUGAUCGUGGCCCCACUCCGCGUUCCCCUGGACCAGACGCCCCUCUUCUACCCCUGGCAGGACUGGGCUCUCGGAGUGCUUCACGCCAAGAUCAUCGCGGCCAUCACCCUGAUGGGCCCCCAGUGGUGGCUGAAGACGGUGAUCGAGCAGGUCUAUGCUAACGGGAUCCGCAACAUCGACCUGCACUUCAUCAUCCGCAAGCUGGCGGCGCCCGUCAUCUCAGUGCUGCUGCUGUCGCUGUGCGUGCCCUACGUCAUCGCCACGGCGCUGGUGCCCUCUGCCGGCGUCACCCCGGAGAUGGAGAUCCUGAUCCAGAGGCGGAUCUACCCCUUCCUGCUGAUGGUGGUGUCGCUCAUCGGGAUCCUCUCCUUCCAGAUCCGCCAGUUCAAGCGCCUCUACGAGCACAUCAAGAACGACAAGUACCUGGUUGGUCAGCGGCUCGUCAACUACGAACGCAAAGCGGGGCGCGUGAGCUCGGGCCCGCCCCCCCCCGGCCCGGCGGCGGCGGCGGCGGCGGUGGCGGAGUAG